GACGCUGAGGCGCUGAGGCGAUGGCGGUGUGCGCGCGGCUCUGCGGUGUGGGCCCGGCUCGGGGCUGCCGGCGACGGGGGGCGCAGCGGAAAGGAGCGGCCGGGGACAGCAGUGAGCCGGACACCGACCCGGAGGAAGGCGGCGAAGGCGGCGAAGGCGGCGACUGCAGUGAGGCGGCGGAGGAGGACGACGGGGAGCGCAUCGAGGGGGCGGCCUUGGCCGGGAGCGGCCCGCGAGGCGCCGGCCAGGCCCCGCUGUCCCUGCUCGAGCUGCCCCCGGAGCUCCUGGUGCAGAUCUUCGGCUCCUUGCCCGGCACCGACUUGCCCAGCCUGGCCCGCGUCUGCAGCGCCUUCCGGCGGAUCCUCCGCACCGACACCAUCUGGCGCCGGCGGUGCAAGGAAGAAUAUGGUGUCUGUGAGAACCUGCGGAAGCUGGAGAUCACGGGAGUAUCCUGUCGAGAUGUGUAUGCCAAACGUAUAAACCCACGAGUCAAAUCAGGGCGUUUUAUGAAAAUCCUUCCCGACUACGAGCACAUGGAAUACAGAGAUGUUUACACUUGCCUGCUCCACCGAUAUCGGCACAUCUUGGGCCUCUGGCAACCGGACAUUGGACCAUAUGGGGGGCUAUUGAAUGUGGUGGUGGAUGGCUUGUUCAUCAUUGGCUGGAUGUACUUGCCCCCGCAUGACCCUCAUGUGGAUGACCCAAUGAGAUUCAAGCCCCUCUUCAGGAUUCACUUAAUGGAGAGAAGGAGUGCCACCGUCGAGUGCAUGUACGGCCACAAGGGACCCCACAGUGGGCAUAUUCAGAUUGUGAAAAAGGAUGAGUUUUCGACCAAGUGCAACCAGACGGAUCACCAUCGAAUGUCGGGAGGAAGGCAAGAGGAAUUCCGGACGUGGCUGCGAGAGGAAUGGGGGCGGACUCUGGAAGACAUCUUCCAUGAACACAUGCAAGAGCUCAUCCUGAUGAAGUUCAUCUAUACUAGUCAAUACGACAACUGCUUGACCUACAGACGCAUCUACCUCCCUCCACGUAGUGCUGACGAUCUCAUUCAGCCGGGCCUUUUCAAGGGGACAUACGGGAGCCACGGCCUUGAACUAGUCAUGCUGAGCUUCCAUGGGAAAAAGGCCAAAGGAACGAAAAUCACAGGUGACCCUAACAUCCCAGCCGGCCAGCAGACGGUGGAGAUUGACCUGGCGCAUCCCAUCCAGCUGCCCGACAUUGAAAGCCUGAGCAACUUCAGUGAGCUGUCGCGCAUCGUCCUGGAGGUGCAAGAGCAGGUGCGACGGGAGCAGCAGCAGGAGCAGCAGGAGCAGGAGGAAGGCCUCCCAGAGGAGAAGGGGCAGGAAGACGAGCACCAGCCACAGCCAGGCGGCUCUCGGCCGGAAGGGGACGGAGGAGAAGCCUCUGCAGCUGAAGGGGGCGCUGCAGCGGAGGGCUCCAUGCCAACCCCUUGCCCCUUCGUACUGCCGGGUGGGAUCGCCUCCAGGAAUGAGGAUUACCCUCGGACCUGCAGAGCCUGCUUCUACGGGACAGGGCUCAUAGCUGGCCACGGCUUCACCAGUCCCGAGCGGACGCCUGGCGUCUUUGUCUUGUUCGAUGACGACCGUUUUGGCUUCAUCUGGCUGGAGCUGCAGUCAUUUAGCCUCUACAGUCGGAUCAAGGUCUCCUUCCAGAAUGCAGAGGCUCCGUCGCGGGAGGAUUUUGAUGAAAUGCUGAAGAACAUUCAGUUACUGACCUCAUGAUGGUGGCCUCCCAGCAGCCGGAGGAGACAGGAACCCACUUUUCCUGUCUUUGGGGGGACAGGGCACCUGCCCUCGGAGUGAGAGAUAGCAUGCACUUCUCAAUAAGGCCUUUUUACCAAAAUGUACUCACACGCUCCUUAGCGCACUAACUAUACUUCCCCAGUAUGCUAUGUAUAGUUUGUAAUAUAGCUCUUUAUAUUGGGAGGGCAGCUUGCCGAGGCGGCAGCUAGCAUGCUUGUGUUUUUCUGUUAUUCCACGCCCCCGCCCCCACCCCAGAAAAGGUUGGUGCCUGAGUCGAGACAAACAAAUCCAGCGCCUUGCGGAGAGCAUAAAUAAUCGAAUGGCCGUUGUGAGAGUGUGAGUGUAUAUAUGAAACUACUGAUGGCCACUCCGUGUUCUCUCUCAGCAAACCAGCUGUUCUUCAGGUGCUUCUGUAGCCUCUGGCUUCCUUUCUGAACAUGCCCCUCUCACUUUAGAAUCAUGGCUGCUUUUUGAAAUCGCGAUCUGCUGCUAACGAUCACAAGAUCCAAACGUCGUUUAUGUCUCCCUUUUGCGCCAAGAAGUUUCCCUUUAAAUGCAAACCUGAGAGCAGAGGCUGGCGUGCCUCUUGGGGUUGUCACGUCCCCCUGCGGUGAGGAGGAGGAGGAGGAGAGUGCGAGAUAAAAGGGUUCACUAAAAGCACGAACACGGGUUUCUCUUGCUUUCCGGGUCCCUUUGCCUAUCCUCAUGUUCCACCUGCUGCAACAGGUGGGCAAAGGGUCUGAGGAGCACCUGGGCAGGAGGUGCCACUAUGGUUGAUGCUUUUCUUUCCCCCACCCCCACCCCCACGCCUCCGAGUUUCUUGUUUGACUUCGAUCAGAACUUAGAAACCCUACAUGGCCACUACUGCAGGGUUAUUUUUAGAGUGGUGAUUUUUUUAAAAAAUAAAAGUGUUAGCAUAACGAUGAUGAUGAUGAUUGAAGAAAGUCCAUUCUGCAGCAUAAUAGCAACCCUCUCUCACUCUCUUCAUUUCCAAAGCUAAUCAGCCGUGUGUGCCUCUUGGGCUGUGUAAGAAGUUAGCAGGGCACUCCCCAACCCGCUCCCCUCCCCCCCUCCCUGCUUUCGGGGAGGCUCUCCCUAAAAUUCGCUUGUAACACUCAGUCACACGUGUCUAGGAGGAGAAGCAGAACUAGUGCUGACUCACUCUUGGGUACCUUUAAAGAAUGCAAAAAGGCAUCCUCCCUUCGGGCACGUUCUGGUCCUUCUGGGUCCAAGUUGCCUGUUCUUGGUAGCUGUAACCUUUCUCCCUUUGUGCCAUGCGUAGUCACUCUAAGGUACAACCAGUACUCUUGCCCCAAUCUGGCAUCCUCUGCAAACCUUAUUGGAAGCAGCUUGACCCUCAUGCAAUGCUAAGGUUUGUUCUCUAAUCUCCCUUCAGCCAGUCUACUCGAGAUCCUUCUUUGCAAUAGCUUCCUUUUGAGCAGCUGGAGCUUACAAGUAUGGGUCUUACUUGCAGAAUCUCUGGGUCCCCCCCCUUUCCUCUUUUGGGGGCCCAAGCCACAAUCCCAGAUGUGGCAGUGCACCCUAAGGCCUCUCUCUGUCUUUCACCCUCUUCCCCGCUGUUAACUGCUCCUGUUUUGGAAAGUGUCCGUGGGUAACUUGGAGGUACUAGGAGUGUGCAGUCAGUUGUUCCCACACCCAGAUAGGGAGAGCCUCACACUGGCUUUAGCCAUUCAUGAUUAUGACAAGCUGCCUCUGUACUAAAUCAGACCUUUGGGCCAUUAAGCCUUAUUUGGGCAGAAAAAGGCCUCUCCUGGCCUGUUAACUGAGGUCCUUCUUUGACCGGCAGUGCCAGAGUUUGAUCCUGGAAUCUUGUGCAUGCAAAGCAGAUGCUUUACCACUAAGGUGAAGCCAGCUUCCUUAUUUAUUGCUUUUAUUUAUGUAUGUAUGUAUUUAUUACUAACUUAGCAAAAUGCCCAUCGUCAUGAAAGGUGGGGUGUAUGUUGGUGUAGUGUUGGUAGGGGUGGUUUUUUGCCCUCCCUGUCCUGUUCCUCUCCCCAAUACUUCUCUUUCCGCUGUAGGAAUGAAUGCCUCCCAUUGACCUGUGAGGAAGAAAUUUCAAAAUGUGGCUGCCACUGGCACUUUGCAGAAGCAAAACAAAGCAGAGACAGAGCCCUGCCCUCAGAUGCUUACAGGCUCCAUUUCAGUGGGAAAAGGGAAAGGACAUGCGGAUGAAAGCGGCAAGAAGCAUGGGAAAUAGGUGCAAAUAUAGGUGCCUACAUUUAGGUUUGGUUUUGAUUAUGGGUGAAUCCCGGCUCUUGCAUUGGCCCUCCUUCCAUUGCAUGUCCUUUUGAAUGCAGUUUUGUCCCCUUUGGGAAUGGCAAUCCCCUAUUCUAAAAUAAGGAGCCGUUCCUGUCCCUCGUUGGAGUACAGAAGCUUGAAAGGGCAGCUAUUCCUGCAAUGAUAACGUAGCUGGGGAUUCCUUUUGCCUUCCUCUGUGGUCUGUGAAGCAUCUUGCAUGCUGAAGUUACCAGGAUCUGCGUAUUCUAUCCAGAGUUUUGGGUGGUACCUCUUCUUCAAUCUGAGUUAUAGGGCUAAAUUGGUGGUGAGGUUUACGUGCUAAGGAGUCUGCUUUGGGAAGGUGAACACAGCAAUACUUCAAAGCUCUCUUUUCCCUUCCCGCCCUAUUAAUUGAUGAAAAGUUGCGCCUGACAACUUUUCAUCCAUGGGUGGCCUGUCACACUUCAUUUUCUCUCUCUCUCUCUCUCCAAACCAAAGGGUUGUUUCCAAAGUUUUGGUGGAGGUGAUGAGGAUAAAGCCACAACUGUCAGGGUGGAGACUGUACUGUUUUCUGGGUGUCGGAUGAGUGAGCUCCAUUUUUACACCUUCCUUUUCCACUUGCUUGUUGUUGCCCGAGGAGCCUUUUCCAAUUUCAGAUGAUAACAAUAACAAUAAAAAAGAUUUUGUGAAUUUGA